UGGCCUUGAUUGAGUAAAGAAAUCAGUUGUUUCUGAAACCCAAUAGCUACUCUCGCAUAUCCCCACGUACAACCCAAGGCUAUUGAAUUGGUUCGCUUUUGGAGUCCGGCGUCCUAACAGGAGAUCCGCCUCUCGUCUCUCCGUCUACUCAUCCUUCAGAUGGCAGCCUUCAUUGCAAAGAAGAUCAGCUCCAAGAUCCUUGGCGAAUCAUUGGAGAACAAAUGGGGAGCUAAGGACCCCCUAUUCGAAACUGUUCCCGCAACGAGACUCGAUGGCAAACCUUCGGGAAAGACAAAGAAAGUCAAGAGAGCCCUCCCACCGGGCAUAUCUGAACACGAUGCACAGAUCCUCAACAAGGUCAAAAGAAGAGCCUAUAAACUGGAUUUGAGUCUGUUCAGUAUUGCCGGCAUACGAUUUGGCUGGAGCAGCGUCAUUGGUCUAGUCCCCUUUGCGGGUGAUGCUGUUGACUUCUUCAUGGCUGUUAUGGUAAUCAACUCAGCUAAGAAGGUAGAUGGUGGCCUCCCAUCCGGACUUGUGCUGAAGAUGUGGUUUUGGGCGUGUCUGGAUUUGGUCAUUGGCCUCAUCCCAUUCCUUGGUGACGUUUUUGAUGCCAUUAUCAAGGCCAAUUGCCGCAACGCCAUCUAUCUAGAAGAGCACUUGCGCAAGCAGGGACAGCAGAAUCUCCGCCGAAGUGGUCUACCCAUUCCCGAAAUCGAUCCUAGCGAUCCUGAUGAGUUCGACCGACUGCAGGAAGGACCGGAGAACAGACGAAGUGGCCGCCGAGCCCAAGAAUCCGGCGUUGAUUCAGCUCCCGCUAUGCCGCCACGGCCCACCGAGGCUCGGGUUCGCGACGACCGACGCGCUGGUGGUGGAUGGUUUGGCAGGAGCCGCCGCGCGGAUGAAGAGUCGGGUGUUGCAACUCAGCCUCCCACAAGAAAGUCGACUCGCCGUGGAUAGCGAGCACAUUCGCCUUCCAAAGAUAUGCCAGUGGCAACACUCCAGUGAAUCGUCUGGCUGGACCAUCUCUUCCGUCCCAACCACUGACCCCAAGCGUGGUGGGUUCUAUGCCUGAACCUUUCUGCUUGACGGUGCAGGGCUGAUCUGAACGAGACGGGCGGGGAAACGUGA